AUGUUUCCCAACUAUUGCUUUCGAAAGCCUCCCAAUGAUUUCGGCUAUGAUUUAUUGUACAUGCCAAAAAAUAGCUACAACAGCAGCUCCCAAGAAUCCAACCGUCCUGAGCAUCAGUCCCAUUCACGUUCCCGGUCACGGUCAUCGCGGCAAAGCACAAAACUGUGCUGCGAUGAUCUUAUUUCGCUGCAGGCUCUCCAGGAGCACAAUGAGAGACUGCGUCAUUCGCACGGCCUGAAAUCUCGGUCACGAACGCCCGCACGCACUGUGGAGUUUCGCCUGCCUCCGAUUGAGAAGCACCGAUACAGGGAGGCGACUAUGCCACUAAGGGAAAGUGCAGGCAUGGAGUCAGCUGAGCGGGAAUACCAUCAGAAGCAGCAACAACUACAACAGCAACAGGAACCCUCUCCAUCCAGCGACUUGCCAUCCAGUGCCUCCGAUUCCAAUCGUGGAAUGCAAGAGUCCUGCACAGACUUUUUCAACAUCAUCUACGAGAAUGUCUUGGAGGCAGUGCAUGGUGCCGUCGAGCACAUGGUGAAUAAGCACUUUGAGGAGAUCAUUACCAGGAUGGAUCAGCUAUCCUCGGACAUCACGCAUCAGGAGGCGGUCUUGAAGCAAUUCAAUGCCGAUCUGAUGGGCAAAAUUGGCGAACAAAAUGAGACAAGUCUCAAUCAGUUCAAGUUCGUUGCCCAGAUGCUCAUCGACAAUCAGACGAUUUUCUAUCGGGCACUGAGCCACCAGCGGCGAUCAAAACAGCAUUGCAAAGAGGAGCGGGAGGAACGGGAAGACCGGAUGGAGGAAAAGAGUAGUGCCAGUUCGGAUCGUGCACAGCGGUUAAUGGAAAGCUAUAAUAGGAGACAAGACUCUCAACCGCAAAAGGUAUCGGAGGGUACGUCGCAACAAAGACCGCAGCAUCAGCUCUGGCAGCAGCAAGAUUCCCGCAUUUUUCCCCAGCAGUCAGCCUGCAAGAGUUGCAAUCACCACAAGUCGUCGAGAUCUGCAAAUUCGGCAUCCGCCAAGCCAACAAUCGUACGUCGUACGGCCAAGGGAAUCUCUACUGUAAGCAUGCCUGAUUUGCAUCGCUCCUCUAUGUUCCCAAAUUCAAGAAGUCCCAGCAACAAGUGCAGUGGCCACCACACCCAGCGUUCACCUACGCCCACUCCGUGGACUCAGUUGGGCACUGGGCGACUUGGCAGCCAAGCGACACAGUCGGGAGCAGUCGGAUCUAAUCGGAAAUGCCGCUGUCUGUUUCCCUCACCCAUGACCACACAGGGACAACCGGUUAGUCCAAGACGAAAGUUACGUAGCUUAAGCAAGACGUUGCAAAGUUUGGAUGAUAUAAGAUCCCACAGAUAAGCCAAUGUUAAACUCUGAUUUAUGCAUGGGCACCAACGUACUGUAGCUGCCAAUUGUGUUCCAUAGAACAGGAGAAGAUUCCAUUUAAUUUGAUGUUUCUAUGUACACAAUUGGCAUCUAUAGUUGGUUGACUUUAUGCCUAAAUUGUUUUCAAUUCCCGCAAAAUUAUACAUAUUACACAAA